AAAAAAUUGCUUCAGACUAUCUAACCUAAACAUGUAUUCCUAAUUUAGCCGAAAAUCCCAACAAUAAUUAAGUAAAAUAAUUGAUAGCAUAUAAAUAAACAAUUAAAAAUAAAUUUAAUAAAAUGUUGAAAUUAGUUGGUACCCUAAGAAAUGGGUCAAGAUAUUCACCAGUGUCAUCAAAUUGGUGUUUGUCAAAUCAUCAAGCUAUUGGAGCAUUGUCAACAACUACAUCACUACAAAAAAUUGUUUUACAGGAGUAUGCAGAAUCUAAAAAUUCAAUGACAAAUCGUGUUUUUAAGUCACUUAAAGAUGAUCAAAAAUCAGAAAGUGAUGAUGUGAUAAACACAACAGAAACAAUACUUAAAGAUAAAAAAAAUGAAAAACAAAAAAUAACAAAAGCUAAAAAAAUAAUUCCUAGUGCAAAUAUAAUGUCAUUUGGUGUUGGUGAUUUAAAUGAGUCAUUUGCUGAUGUCAAGGGUAUAUCACUAGUUGAAUCAGUUAAAUUAAUGUCAAGUCUUGCUACAAGACAAAGAAGAGUUAAACCAUUAUUAAAAACACUUGCUGAUAAUAUUAAUAAUACUAAAAGUGAACUUGGUAUUAAAAAUAUUGCUGAUAUAUUGUAUUCAAUGGCAAAAUUAAAUUUUCGUAAUGAAUUAUUAUUGAAAAAAUUAUCAAUUGAUUUACAAAAAGCCAUUGAGAGUGUUGAUCAGAGUCCAAUUGUCGGUUCAAUAUUAACAUCAUUAGGUAUGUUAAAAUAUAGAAAUGAUCAACUAAUGGAUGAACUCUGCAAAUGGUGUAUUAAAAACAAAAAAAUUAUAAGAACACAGGAUCUUUGUGCAAUGGUUUUAACACUUGCAACAAUUGGCUAUGUUCCUGUUGAUUCUGAUAUUCUUUUUACGGAAGUGUUGGGUAAUUUAAAAGAAACUGACAUGACUAAAUCAUCAGAAUGGCUUGAUGUUGUUUGGUCAUUAACUAUUUUAAAUCGAGUAACAUCAGAAAAAAUUUCAUCAGUACUUGAUGAAAACUUUCACAUAAAAUUAGCUGAUCCAACUAAUAUACCACUUGCUAAAAAACAUAAAUUACUAAAUAUCAAUGCAUAUGCAAAAUCAUUACUUGACAAUUACAAAGGUCCAUUAAUUCAAUCAAAUUCACCUGUAUUUGAUGCACCACUUGUUAGAACAAAAGAUAAACAAGUUUUUGUCAAGUCAAUAACAGAUGCAUUGGCUAAUUUAUUUCCAUCAAGAGAUCAUUUUCGAUUAAAUGUCGAUGGAGGAACUGGUUUUCUUACUGAUAUAGAAUUUUAUCUUGAUAAAAAAGGAACACCAUUGAUUAUUGAUAAUAUCAACAAUGACACAACAGUGCUGAGGAUAGCAAUAUUAGCAAAUUAUUAUCAUGAUUAUUGUUUGGGUAAAAAUAGUUUACUCGGUUCUGUAUUACUUCAUCAACGGUUACUCGAAGCAAAUGGAUAUAAAAUUAUUAAUAUAUCACAUUCAGAUUUACAUACUGAUGAUAAAUUAUUAACACGUAUUACGUAUAUCAGUAAUCGUUUAAAAACAAUUGUUAAAUAGCCAAGUGAUAGUAAAAUAUUCACUUAAAAGAAAGAAAAAAAAAAAAAGCAAAAAUAAAAAAAAAAAAAUAAUAAAAAAUUGUUUUAAUUUAAUAAAAAAUAAAAAUAUUUCAUCAAAAAUCAA